CCGUGUUCUAUUUCUAUAUAAGAGGCUUACCUAAUCCAGAUGUAGCUGCCGGGCUUUCAGCCGCUCUGGGUCACCGCGAAUGCAAGCCGUGCGUUUGGGCUGCAGUUUACAGUUAAAACAAGGCAAUUCAGCUCGCAGAACAAGUUAGUUAUUUAGUACUUUCACCCGCCUGCCGCCGAAGCUGAAUUGUAUAACUGUCAGAAGUUUGGGACAGUAAAGGCCCGUGCUUGGAUGCACUGAGAAGCAUCUUUUAAUUCCUCACACCGAGUGGGUAUCCUCAUGGCGAAGGUCAGAGUCGCUUACGAGUAUUCUGAAGCGGAGGAUAAGAGCAUAAGACUCGGGUUCUUUCUCAUCGUCGCGGGAAUCAUUUCCUUGUUCAUCCUUGGAUUUUGCUGGUUAAACCCCACGCUAAACAAUAUGCAGUGCAAGGCUGCAAACUGCACCGUUGUGUCGUUGCGGCAGAUCGGGGAGAUGUCUGAGUGCACUUUUACAUGUGGGGCAGAUUGCAAAGGGACGUCGCUCUAUCCUUGUCUCCAGAUCUUCGUCAACAAUUCCCAAUCAAACAGCAGAGCGCUGCUCCAUUACGACGAACAACAACUCCUUCUGAAUCCCAAGUGUUCCUACAUCCCCCCUUGUGAGAGAGACAAUCAGAAAAACUCAGAAAAUGUUAUGAGUUGGCAUGAUUAUUGGAAGGAAGAGAUCGGCUCUCAGUCUUUUAUUUGCUACAUUAAUCGUCAACGAAGACCUGAUGAUGUGCUUUUGAAGAGAACCCGUGACGAAAAUGUUCUGUUGCACUGCGUGCUCUGGCCCCUCCUGACUCUCCUGGUGGGUGUUCUGAUUGUGCUUCUGACUGUGUGUGGUAAGAGUCUAGCUAUUCGAGCAGAAGCCUUGCAGAAAAUGAAGUACUCCUAGUGGGAAGACUACUGAGAAGUGACCGUCAAGCAGCAUUCCAGUGGUGACAUGAUCGAUGUUGCAUUCAAAGGCAAAUCUUUAAUGAGGAAGACCUGAAAUGAUUCUAAUCUCAAGAAACAAUUUACAAAGUUUACUGUGAUUUGAGCUGCUGGGAAGACUAAAGAAUUGAUGAAAAUAAAUGCUUGCAAUUUGGCCUAAAGAUUCCACUGCAUUAUUACAAAUGAAAGCAGCAGGUCUAAUAGAUUUUAACUGGUUCCUUUUUGAUUUAUUUUCCCCGCAAUUAUCCUGUCUCCAAGAAUGUAUUGUUAGUUUACUGCAACCCCAUUUUGUGAAUGC